ACUAUGGGAGUAUUACAACCUAUCAACAAGUAGGUCACUUCGACCUUUUUUUCACACUACAGCAAUUUUUUUUUGUAACAAGGUUUAAGUCUCUUGAUAUCAUGUGACUUAGGAUCAUGUAUAUUUAGAGUGUAUGAGGAUACUUCUUUGAAGGGGAACAACAGCAACCCAUCAAAAUAAAUACAUGUUUCACUGAUCAUUUCUGACAACGUCUGAUGGGUGUCACAAGAGAAGCAGGAACUGCUGACCCUUCAGGAAAACCUGAGGUACUCAGUGUAUCCACCUACACAUCCCUGAUGAGAAAUAACUUGAGGAUCCAAGGCUCAGCUGGAUUACUUUUGGUUCAAAGCAAAUAUAGCAAAAGUAAUAAGUGGCUUGUAGAGUGUCACUCAAAACAUUUCAAUGUGUAAAUUGUUACAGAGAUGAUUAUUGAAAAUAAGCCAAUCAGAAUCAACAAUUCCCUCUGGUGGCCAUGUUUUUGGUGUGAUCAGAACCAAAUGAGAAUAGCUUGUAUUUAAUUAUUCAAAUAAUUGAUUUCAAAUUGGCCAAGUGGUUUCAGAGCAGUAGAUGAAAAGGUAAUUUUUCAUUAAGUAUCAAUGGGAAUUAUUUGCCACCAAAUGCCACUUAUUCGCAUUAAAUGAAAACUGUUGUUAGAGGGUCUCCCAUACUCAAUCUGGAAAACUUUCAAAGAAGAAGAUAAAGCCAUGAAGAUGUGUGACACUGACAACAAAAGUGCCAAAAGAUGACAAUAGCUCACAGUGCCUUUCAGCCCAGGUGAGCUGAAAUUGAAAUUACAAUAGAACACUGAUGAUUCAUGCAUGUGAAAUUCACAUUCAUUACAAACCUAUUUAACCUAUGAAUUUUUCUGCAGUUUCUUCAUUUUUGAGAAUUGAAAACAGCUUUAGUUUCAUAUGUACAAUCUUACUGUGAUAAUAAAGGGAAACAACUGCUACGUAAUUAAAUAUUCCCAAAUAAUAAUGCAAGCUUGCUCCUCAUUUAUCCGGAAGUUUUUUUUUAAGAGGUUGUCUGGAAUAAUUUUGAAUUCUGGAAAAUUGAUUAGAAAUGUAUGAUGAAAACUAACCAAACUAAAUAGGGUUAGCCAUGUGUGCAUGGCUUAGGUUAAUUUUACUUUCACUGAUAUUUCAGUAUGAACUAACUAACACCCCUAAGCCAUGCAUGCAUGGCUAUCCCUCCUAAAUUGGGUUAGUUUUCAUCAUACAUUUUUUAUCAAUUUUCUAGAAUUCAAAAUUACUCCAGAUUCAAUUAAUUCCUUGUUUAUAGUAGGUUUGCCAAUACAAGCACCAAAAUAUUCCCUAAAAACCAGAUAAAAAGAUUUCCUGAUCAAAAGAUAUCCAACAUAAAAUUUGGCAAAUUUAUUUUCCAUGUUUAUAAUUUUUGAUGGUAAAUUGAGACCCUCUUUUAAUGACCAAUUGUUGGUUGAAAUUGACCAAGUUGUUUCAGAAAGAUUUCUCAAAAUACAAUAUAAGAACAGAGUUAUAACACUUUGUCCAUGUAAUACCAUCAUAUCCCAUUGGCUAUGUGUGAUAACUUUCAAUGCCAGAUAUAAUCUGAAUUGUAGUCAAAAACCCAGAAAAUUAAGUUGUAAUAUCCCAAAAUAAACAAUUUUUAUUGUCGAAAACAGGUGAAAUUGAUAGUAAAGACUAUAAUUUAAGGAUUUAUAUCAUUUUUACUCAAUUCAAUAAAAAUUUUAACUUCAGAACUACAAUUUUUCUUUCUUGUAUGCAUGUUCCAUGUGUAACAAUAUAUGAGGGUCUGGACUGGGGUUCCUUCAUUUCUAUAUUCUUUAAUUUUUUAGGCCAUUUUUCUCUAUUCUUUAUACUUUUUGCCCAUUAUUCUCUAUUCUUUAUAUUUUAGCACCUUAUUAUUCUCUAUUCUUUUUUUUUGUCCAUUUUUCUCUAUUCUUAAUAUUUUUUGUCCUUAUUCUCUAUUCGGUAACCCCCCAUCCACACCCUCAUAUAUGGUGAAUGUAAUAUAAUGCAAAAGGUAGAUAACUCUAUCUUAAUAAAGGUAUUGAAAAUUAUGAAAAUGUUCAUUAUAAACUACAAAAUUAUAAAAUUGAUUCUUUACUCUUCAAACAGUAAUGUCAUGAAUGUGGUUAAUAUAUCCCUAAAUUAUAGUCUUUAUAAUCAAUUUCAACUGUUUCAACACUAUUCAUUGGUUAUUUCAGGAUUUUUACUUCAUUUUGGGUAAACUUGGGCAUUCAAGGUACCCUGCUAUGUUAGCUUAUAUAAAUAAAAAAGUUCCAAUUGUGUAAAUAAAAUAAAACAUGGAUUUCAGGGCUCAGCAUGCUUUUAAAAGAGAACUGAUGUAUAAAAUACUGUAUCUUCAGAUCAGAUUGUUAAAAUGAUAAAGUGAAGUGGUGGGCGACUGAAAAUGAUAUAUAAUUUGUGAAACUUACAAAAACAAAAAAAUAUAGAAAGUAGAUAAUAACUAACAAAACAUACCGUUUUAAUGGGAUUUUUAUAAAACGGAAACAGGAAGAAUUUUUUCUGCUUUUUUUAUCUUUAGUUCAGUCUAACAUUUUUCUUAGAAACAGCUUGUCAGCCUAUAUAUAAGUUGAUAUCAUCUGAUAAUUCGAAGUAUUUCAAUCAGCGAGUUGGGAAGGUCCAGAUGUGUAUGAACAAAUAGAAAGAAGGAUAACAAUUUGCAGCUCAGUUGUUGGUAAAUAAGACACAGAUAAACAUCAUUACUAAACUAUUUCAAAAUUAAAGAGGAUGUCUCACAACAAAGCAGAAUCACUGCAUUUUUAUAAAUAUCUGUGUCAUAAGAUUGGUUCAGAGGAAGUUGUAAAAGCGCGACGACUGACACUGACAAGUAUUGAUAUGACAUCUUCAUCUCAAGACUUUUUGAGACUAAGCAGUGGCAGUAAAGGAGAAGGUCUAAAUCUAAACGGUAGUGAUUUUGAUGUGAUGUUCAUUGAUUUAUUCUUCAUAGUAAAUGAAUCAGAGAGAGUAGCUGUCAAUGAUCAUGAUUGUGUGUUAGUCAUGGAAACAGAAGACACACAACCUUGUUACACAUAUCUUCAUCUUUUCACCAAUUAUAACAUUUUACCACACAAAUACAAACAAUUGCUUCAGCAACAAUCUGGGAAGAAUCUUAUUUCAAGUGAACUUUACAAAUUAUGGAUGUUAAACAAUUUUAAAGAAGCAGGCUAUGGCAAUUUACUGAUAAACCAUAUGCAUGGACCCUGCUUAUCAGAUAAAAAUGAUAAGAAUGAUCUUGCUUUCUGCCUUAAAUGUGAUCAAUGGGUCUCUCAAGCACAACCAUGGAUCACCAGACCACGUGCAACAUGGCCGUCACCUGAACUGAUUUCAAAAAUUACUUUAUGUGGUGUAUUAUUUGUUCCUAUUGGCUACAAAGGAUCUAGAAAUGAGCAUCUACAAUGGAGAAUAUCAUUUUCAAUAGCUGAAAAGUUACUUGUAUAUUCUUUCAGUCAUACCCAGUUUCUAUGUUAUGCACUAUUAAAAAUUUUAUUAAAAGAAAUAGUAGAUAGAAAUGAAAACUUAAAAGGUUUAUUAUGUUCAUAUUUCUUGAAAACACUGAUGUUUUGGAUUUCAGAGGAAACAGAACCUUAUAUCUGGAGAUCAGACAAUAUUAUACCAUGUUUUAUGGUAUGUUUAAAAAGAUUGUUAUACUGUAUUGAAUAUUCUACAUUGUUACAUUAUUUCAUUCCCGACAAUAACUUGUUCCAUUUAAGGUUUAACAACAAAAACAGGGACACAUUAAUCAAUAUCUUAAAGAAUUCAUAUAUAAAAGGAAUUAAGAUUUUCUCAUCUUCUGAGACUCUGCAUGACUACAGAAGAUUUCAUAAUGAAAUUACCAGAUCAGAAAGCAAAAAUGCUAGAUUAAUCCAAGAAAUAGGGACUUUUUUUAACACUGAAAUGUCUCUAGUAAGUUCUUGUUCUGAUUGUGAGGAGGGUAUACAGAAGGUAUUCAUCACUUUUCUGUAUCAUUGUAGAACUGAAAUAUCUAAAUGUAUUUUUACUAUUUCUUUAUCAAAAAAUUACAGAUCAAUACCUCAUAAACUACAACAAAGAAAUAACCCAAACAAUAAACACCAGUACAACAAAUACAGACAUGAACUCAGUCAGCUAUUGGUUGGUUCACAUUCAGAUGCUGUAUCAGGAUGGCUGAAAUUGGCCUCUUUCUUCUAUGUCCAUAAACAUUACUUACACUCAAUAGCAAUAAUAAAUUAUGCUUUGUCAAAAUGUACAAAUGAAAUUGUGUAUCCUGAACCUUUUUGUACAUUUAUUAAAAUGCAAGAAUGUGAGCUGAAAAUGAUAAUGCAAGAAAGGCUGAGCUCAGUAUGGAAAAAAAUAAUAAUUCAAAAUGUAGUAUUAGACUGUGUUGUCUUACCAACAGAACUACCUAGGUCUAUUAGUGAUAAUUAUGAAACUGUUUUUGAUCCCAUAUCAUUUGCACACCUACUAAGUUCACUAACUAAUAACCAUCUCAAGGAUAAUAUAUCAAGUAGGCAAUCCAUGUUACAAUUUAUAGAUAGACAAUUUAAAAUCACGAUACCAGAAGAAUAUGAAAUCAUUCCAAGAAAUAUGUUCAGUAAUCCAAAUCAUUCUAGACUAUUGUAUGAAUGGAUAGCCACAUUUUUUAAUAUACUUAUAAAAGUGUUGUAAUCAGACCUACAAUUUGUUUAUGGUUUGUUGCAGACAUAAACCUGCUACUAAUAAUACCAAAACUAAUAUUUCUUUUGCCAGAAUAUAAAAUUAAGACUCAAAAGAGCCUGAAAAGACUUGAAACUAAUAUUUUAUAAUAUAUAAACAAGUUCAAAGGUUAAAAUUAGAUCACAUGUAAAUCAACUAGAGGUACUCGUAUGUAGUCUGAAACAACAACAAAAAUGUACUAAUUGCAUAACUAUGUGUAAUAAACAUAUGUGUAAUCUAAACUACCAAAUAUGUACUUAUUGCACAACUAUGUGCUAUAAAUAUAUGUAAUUUGAAUGUACAUAAAAUAUACUUAUUGCAUAAAAAUGUGUUAUCAUUUGUUAUCUGAAACUACCAGAAAAUGCACUUAUUGCAUAACUGUGUGCAAAUAUCAGCUGAGCUGUUACAAGGAAAAAUUUGUCUGCCCCCUCCCUCAUAAUGUAUUUUUAGCAACUACAGUAAUACUGAUUGGCCUAA